AUGAUGAAGGCAGAUGUUGGAAAUCUGGGAAUUUAUUUUCCUAAUACUGUUAAUAAUCUAUCACAUCUCUGUUUCUCUAUCAGAGUAUCUCUCUCUAUCUCGUUUAGAGGAUCUCCAUUUCAUUCAGAGGUCUAUUUCUCUGCUCAUUUGGAAAGUCUCCAUUUCAUUCAAAGUUCUCUCUCUCUCUCUCUGAUUCAGAUAUACCUUUCUCUAUAUAUCUUAUUCAGAGCAUCUGUCACUCUCUCUUUCUCUCUCAUUCAGUGUCUCUAUCUAUAUCUCUCAUUUAGAACAUUGCUUUCUCUCUCUCAUUUACAGCAUCUAUUUCAUUUAGUGUGUGUCUUGCUCUAUCUCUUUCAUACGAUGUCACUUUCUAUCUCAUACAGUGUAUAUCUAUCUCUCAUUCACUAUCUUUAUCUAUCUGCCUCAUUCAAAGUGCCCCUCUCUCCCUCUCUGUCUCAAUCAGAGUGUCCCUUUCUCUCUGCCUCAUUCAGGGUCUCCUCUCUCUCUCUGUCUAUCUCAUUCAGAGUGUCCCUCUCUAUGUCUAUCUCAUUCAGAGUGUCCCUCUCUCUCUGUCUCAUUCAGUCUCCUCUUUGUUUCUGGUCUGUUCAGAUUGUUCCUCUCUCUCUCUGUCUCAUUCAAAGUGUCUCUCUCUAUCCAUCUGUUUCAUUCAUAAUUUUCUCCCUAUCUCUCUCUCAUUCAGAAUGUCUCAUUCAGUGUUUCUCUCAUUCAGUCCCUUUUUUUCUCUCUCAUUCAGUGGCUCCCUCUCUAUCUUUCUCUCUCAUUCAGUGGGUCCCUCUCUAUCUUUCUGUCUCAUUCAGAGUAUUUCUCUCUAUCUCAUUCAUAUGUAUGUAUGUAUCUAUCUAUCUAUCUAUCUAUCUAUCUAUCUAUCUAUCUAUCUAA